AUGGCACUCAAGAUCCUCACCCGUAAAGACGUCGACAAAAUCCUCGAUGCUCUCGACUUACAGGCUGCUGUAGACUCGCAGGCGGCCGUCUUUGAAGCAUACUCCGGCCCAAAGACAACGGACGGUAAGAUGGCGGCGGUCGACCGUAAAACAGCUAUCAAAAUCGUGUCCGUUCCCACGUCCGGCGGUGACGGCCUUCCCGGGACCACGCUCAUCAUGGAUGAGCUCCUUGGCAACGGCAAGCCCACCAACAUUGUCCUCUUUGGAUCUGGAGCGCAAGCUGAGGCCCACGCUCGCAUGUUCCUCGGACUUUAUCCGAGCAUUACCAAGUGCACCGUUGUCAAUCGAAGACCGACUGAGAGGGCGGCUCACCUCGUUGAUGCUCUUGUGAAGGCGUUCCCGAAGGUCGAGGUGUGCCUCGGAAUCACGUCUGAGAAUGACUUCAAGCUCUCCGAAACGGUCAAGGACGCCGACAUCAUCUGCACGAUGACCUCAUCCACUCAGGCUCUGUUCGCUUCGAAGGACGUCAAGCCGGGUGCUCACAUGUGCCUGAUCGGCUCAUACAAGAAGCACAUGCGCGAGGUCGAGGAUGACCUCGUCAAGCGAGCGGGCAUCGUUCUGGUCGACUCAAAGGAGGCGUGCGAGGCAGAGGCUGGAGAGUUGCAUAACCUGACCGAGGACCAGAUGGUUGAGAUCGGAAAGGUCGUCAAGGACAAGUCUAAGGCCGAUCCGAUCAAGCAGGCUGGCGAUGUGACAAUGUUCAAGAGCGUCGGUCUCGGUGUCCAGGAUGUGGCUAUUGCGCAGACCGUCCUCGAUCAGGCAGAGAAGCUGGGGCUUGGCUCCGUCAUCGAAGAUUACGAUUGA